UUUUCGAUUCAAAGCCCAGCCCGCCAUCCAGCGUCCUGUUGUUCCCGAUUCAUUUGCAUGUCGCCAGUCCACCAGCCUGCCCUCUCUCUCAUCUAUUAGUUUCAGUUGCUUCUCUCCUCUCUAUCAUCUUCUCCGAGCAAUGGCUAGAAACCUAGUUCCAUUUCUGGUGCUACUUUUUUGGAUUUCGAUCUGCCAAGCUGCAAACAUUUUUCAGCCGAUCUCAGAUUCACAUAGAUAUGCGGCUCUAGAGCUCUUCAGGCCUACUGACGGAGUAUUUGGAAGUUUGGAAGAGACACAUGAAGUUAAAACAUUUGACAUUCUUGGAAUUCAAGAGAAACCUGAUAUUAAUGCUGCCACUUGCAAGUCUGUAUCAGAGGUUCUUGGUUCAUCUGCAGUCCUAAAGGAUCUGUUUUAUGCUCUGAGAGUCAACGAUGUUUUGAAAUGUGACAUUAAGGAGGAGACAUUUGAGCAUUACUUAAGACUUACAACUGCUCUAAAUGAUGCGCGAUCACUGUUUGACUUCUACUACUCUAUAGGAAGUUUGUUACUUCUGAAGGAACGAAGUUCUGGAAUUGAUCUAUCACUUAAUGACGCUGAUGGUACUUUUCAGUCGAUCAAGGCAUUGAGCCAAAGUGAUGGAAGGUGGCGGUAUAGUUCUAAUAAUCCUGAGUCUAGUACUUAUGCUGCUGGAUUGGCACUUGAAUCCCUUGCUGGUGUUGUGUCAUUAGAUCAUCGGACAUUGAUCAAAUAUGUAAAAACGCCAAAGCCAUUUGGCAAGGAGGGCAUUGGUGUGCUGAUUGAUGUCGAUGAUUCUCAACCCUCCAACCUUCAAAGAGUUGUUAGAGAUAUGAUCAAGGUGUACCUCCUCAAUCUGUCGUUUGGGGAGAAAGACCGCUUUCUCUGGUGUGCUAGCAUCAGUGCUAUUCUGUGGGUGCUUUGGGAUGAGAGGAAUAGUAGGUUCUACAGGGGUUUUGAUAAUGGGAAUAAAGGUUUAUGGUCUCUUGUUCGCCUUCAUAUUGAUACGGUAAAGAAUGAUAUAUUGAAACUCUUUGACAGUAUUGAGAAAUAUGAUGAUGGAGCUUUAUAUUUUGAGGAAAAAGUUGUUGAUGCAUACGAACAUCAUGGGCCUCUUGCAACCACAUCUUCAGGUCGAGGGUUGACAGCAUUUACUUCUGUUACUUCUGGAAGCUUAAAUCUUCCUGGGGAUACAAUUUUUGGUCUGGCAAAAUUCUUCCUUGGCAUUGGAAUUCCUGGUGAUGCAAAAGACUUAUUUGACCAAAUAGAUUCCUUGGCUUGCUUGGAGACAAAUAGGUUUUCUAUUCCGUUGAUUUUAUCUCUUCCAGCUACUGUUCUUUCAUUAACAAAGGAAGACAAACUGAAGGUUAGCAUGAAUACUGUGCUUGGUUCAGCUGCACCUCCUUUAACUGUGAAGAUAGUUAAAGCUUUUCUAUCUGGUUCAAAAGACACUUCCAUUAUCAGCAGCCAGGAACUCAAGUUUGAUCCUCUGUCUGGUCUACAUAUCUUGGAUGCUUUCCCCAAGACCUUUGAUGUUGGAAACUAUGUCUUCGUGUUUGAGGUUGUUCUUCAUGAUUCAGAGCAUAUGGAUAAAUAUGCCACUGGUGGGAAGAUUCAAGUUCCAAUAUAUAUCUCAGGAGUUGUCAAAAUUGAGAAUGCAGAGAUUGCAGUUCUUGAUAGCGAUCUAGGGAGUGUCGAGACCCAGAAGAAGCUUGAUCUAGUUGGUGAGAGUGUUGUUUCAUUGUCAGCAAACCACCUGCAGAAACUGCGUCUAUUAUUUCAACUGGCCACACCACAAGGGCACGGUUUUAAACCGCAUCAAGCUUUUCUCAAGCUGAGGCAUGAAAGUGGUGUUGAACAUAUUUUUGUGGUCAACGGCUCUGGCAAAAAAUUUGAACUAAUUCUAGAUUUCCUUGGGUUGGUUGAGAAGUUUUUCUAUCUCUCAGGUCAAUACGACAUUCAGUUAACUGUUGGUGAUGCUGUCAUGGAGAAUUCUUUCUUACGGGUUAUUGGUCAUAUUGACUUGGAUCUACCGACACCAGAGAAGGCAGCUCGUCCACCUCUACAGCCUGUCGAUCUUUACACACGUUAUGGACCCAAAGCUGAAAUAAGUCACAUCUUCAGGGCUCCUGAAAAGCGUCCACCUAAGGAGCUCUCUCUUACUUUUUUGGGCCUCACAUUUUUACCCUUCCUUGGAUUUCUGGUUGGGCUAUUGCGAUUGGGUGUGAAUCUAAAGAACUUCCCGACUUCAACAGUACCUGCCACCUUCGCCUUUCUCUUCCAUCUUAGCAUUGCAGCAGUUAUCCUGCUUUACACGUUCUUUUGGUUGAAGUUGGACUUGUUUACAACCUUGAAAGCAGUGGGCAUCUUAGGUAUUCUUUUGGUAUUUUUGGGACACAGGACCCUUUCCCACCUUGCUUCAACUUCAGCUAAGUUGAAAUCUGCCUGAGAUUGUCUUUUUUGUUUUUGUUUUCUUUGGAGGAAAGAACUUUUAGGAAGUUUUACUUUCAAAAACUAGUUUUAGGCAGCCUCUUAUAUUUAUAUGGUUCAAUCCAGGUUUUGUACACGGCUCAACAGUUUGAUUAGCUAAGAAUAACACAAUAUUUGUGCGCCCUCCACUCCUUCAUGUUGUGUGGUGCAUUGGGAAUAGCUUUUUAAUCCGUAAUAUAUCAGAAAUUACAUUUGAGAUUAGAAUAGCAUUAUGAACAUUUGUUCCCCUUUAAUUUAUUACCUAUGUCAGCCAUA